UGGGGCCCUGGCUGACUGGCUGGCUGGCUGCCCGCGGGUCCGCAGCCGUUCGAAAAGUCAGUUGCGUUCGGAUUGUAAUCGGAAUUGGUUGUGUGUGCCCCGUGCGUUGUCUCUCGCCAUAGUUCUCGCGGCCCGGUUCUCUUCACCCAUUGCUCCCCUUCCCCUGACGCGGUUGCUUUCCACACCGUCGGUUGCUCGCUCGAUCGAUCGAUCGAUCUAUUAAUUAACGCGACGGGUACGCGAUUACGCGCUGGCGUGUGCGUGACCGAUGCUGGCGCGUUCCGUAAACAUCUAGCCGACGAAUAUAGAUACUGCAACCUUCACGCAAGGCGACAACGACUACGAUAGUUCCCCAAAAACGGCGUGUGCGUGUCCCUGACACUGUGUGCGUUGUAGAGAAGAAAAAACAAAAAAAAAAAGCUUACACACACAUUUUUUCCUGCAAACCCGUCAACCAGGUAGUGCCGCGCGGCGCUCUAGGGUUGAUCACAAACAGGCUCCACGGUGUAGUGCCAAAGAGGAAAGAGCCUUGAACACAUACACAGAGAGAGAGAGAGAGAGACUGCUGCCAUACCGCAGCACUGCAGUCAUUGGCCCAACCAAAUCAAACCCCCGUACAGGACCGCGGGGAAGGAGAUUCGCGUUUUUGUAAAGCUUCAUUUUCUCAAUUACCAUCCAUUAGCCAUUCCGCGUGUCACCCUUCUCCCUACCGUUUUUCCCACUAAUAAUACACACAAUCUCGACGGGUUUGAGCUGAUCGAUCGACGUGUGUCCACGUCCACACACACACUCAAGCGCCCUUCAAGCAAGAUCAGCAAGAUCAGUGUGGUGUCGUAUAAGUGAUAACGAGUGAUAACGAGAGUGAAAAGUAACAGAGCGCGCACACGCCUCCAACACACUCUCACACCCACUACAGCACAAUCAAAGCAAUCGGUGACCUACCACACGGACGCGCGGGUUCGCACGAAUCGAGUUGUGUAUUAUUUUGGAUUUGAACCGUCAAUCGAAGCGUUUGAACCGCUGGACCGUUCGCUGGACUUUGUGCUUUCGCGGUACAGCUCCGGGAUCGCGGUGUAGGGUGUGUGUGACAGUUUCGGUGCAAAUUGAACGCGUACCAUCGAGCGAAGAGGUGUGUGAACUCGGUUCUGCUUCCGUCGACAGAAAACUACUUCAACGCAACCCCAACCGUGCACGUAUUGGAGAGAGGAAAAAAACAACCAUGUAUCAUCAGUUUAUGGAGCUGCGUGUGGUGUGGUGCGUCGUCGUCGCCCUCUGGCUUGCCCGGCUGAGCCCGGUGCUGGCGUCCGGCUUCGGCAAGUGCCCAAAUUACCCUUCAAUGCCAAAGUUUAACAUGACAAAGUUUUUAGGCAAGUGGUACGAGGUGGAACGUUCCUUCUAUCUGCCCGAGCUGGCCUCCGGCUGUACCACGAUGACCUUUGAGAACACGACGCUGCGGGACGAAGCCGGCCGAAGUCAGCUGGAGAUUUCGAUUAAAUCCGUCAAUCAAUGGACGGGCAACCCAUCGAUCAGCAUCGGGGAAGCCGUGCCGGAGAGUGAAACGUCCUCCAUCAUGAACGUCCAGCUCCAGUCACGGCUUCCAACGGCGAUUGCGCGGCUACUGCCAGGAUCUGGCCGCUACCAGGUGCUCUACACCAACUACGACAACUUUGCCAUUCUCUGGUCGUGCACGAGCUUUGUGGCGGUUCACGCUGAUCAAAUCUGGCUGCUGGGACGUGAUCGAGACUACUCGACCGAUAUUAGGAAAAAGAUCUACAACGCCCUUGAGCAGCUAAGCCUCGAUCCGGACCGUUUGUUCAUUGCGAAGAACAAAAACUGCCCCUCCACGCUCUAAAUCGCAUUGGCCCGGGACGACUAGAAAACUACACUUAUGAUUACUGAGGAUCUGUGAUAUUACAAACAAACCAGCUUUCGGUAAAAGCGGAAGAUUAGAGUUUGGGAAGCGAAAGAGAUCGAGAAAGUAGCGAUCACCGACGAGGCGCGCCGCCAUAAGUUUUCGGAUGCAGAAUGUUCUUUUUGUUGUUGUUCAGCUAAAUAAUAAAACAAACGCAUGGUGUAAAUUAAAACGCACUUAAAAAAAGGGUUGAUAUUAUUGUACGCGAGAGCUGCUUAAGAUUUAUAUAUCCAACAUUAGUAUUUUGUCGUGUUUCCGUAGUUGGUAUUGCGCAAUGUGUUUUAUCAUGAUUAUAGGUAGCGAUUAUUUGUUUUUAAAAGCUUUCACACAACUACUGUUCAUCAAUCGUAAGGGACAGGCAUAAAACGGCAUUUUCUAAAACAAGUUAAAAUUAACCCUGAACUAGAGAGGGAUAGUACAGAUAGAGAGAGUGUCUGUGUGUGAAAGGAAAGGAGAUUGAUUCGGGCUAGAAACAGCGUCAGAGCUGGCGCACAGAGCAAACCCGAUGGCUUGCGGUGGUGUGACGACGAUGUGACGCUGCGCUAGACCCCGUCCCCAUCGUGGGGCUGCUAUUCAUUUACGCUAAGCUUAAGUACUGUUCUUAAUCGAUAGAUAAAAUAAAAUUAGCAGAAAUGCAUGUA